CUGCAAAUUUCCCAUCGAGGUUGAAGCCUCGCAUUGAGAAAUCCUUGUGUUGAUUCCUUUCAAAAUUUGACAUCAACGCUGUCACCCCACAACCAUGCUCCCAGGCGGCGGACCCUCGGGAUUUUACAAUGCUCCCGUCACCAAGGCCAUGAUCCUCUCCUUGGGAUUCAAUACGCUACUCGCAACCAUGCUCGACGUCAGACAUAAAUGGCAUCUUCAGCUGUAUCCACACCUAUUUGUUCAUUAUCAGUACUGGCGGCUUCUAACGACAAACCUCCUUUUCCCUACAACGUCCACCCUCCUAUUCGGGUCCCUGCUCCUCUACCAUUUCCGAGUAUUAGAACGGACGUGGUCAUCCAACAAAUAUGCUGCUUUUGCAUUUGUAUCUGUUGUGUGUUCAACCUUGCUGAACCUUGGAGUGAUGGUUUUGGCAAAAUGGAGUGGGAUUAAAAGUGUGGCCAAGAUGCCAGUGGGGCCUUUCGGUUUGGUAUUUGCAGGAUUGUACCAGUACCUGAGGACUGUGCCUGAGCCAGUCGAAGGACGGGGUGCGGGACGAGGAAUGAUUAUGUUAUUGGGUGGCCAGCUCCUACUAUCAUCGUUCCCUGAAUCGCUAGUCGCCAGUGGAUGCGGGUUACUGGCUGGAGCCAUUUACGAGGCAAAUGUCGGCGAAAUCAAGACAUGGAGGUUUCCGCGCUUGCUGCAAGCCAUGGCACGCAAGCUCGUACUACCCCUCGUGGCAUCGGCUACGCCACAGGACCGUCCGUCAGGCACUACGACAGAAGAUCAAAUGAGAGAGCGCCGAGAACGAUAUGCAGCUUCCAUGAGAGGGACGGGCGGAUCGACUGCCCAUAGAGUCGCGAUGGCAGGACCACCGCCGCCACCGUCCCCUGAUGCGGUGGCAGUUCUGGAGGGGAUGGGGUUUACCAGAGAGAGAGUGUUGGUAGCUCUCAGGAGCUCAAAUAACGAUGUACAGCGAGCUGCAGCAGCACUUUUAGACAGCAGAGAAUGAGUGUAUGACGUGCAUAAUACAGACUGUUCACGCA